AAAAUAAAUUUCCCGGAAAAAGAAAAUAUUCUCACGAAACCAGAAUUUGCGAAACCUACCUCUCUCUCUCUCCCCCUCCCAUUCGCAUUCUCUCUCAUGCGUUUCCUCUGAAUUUUACCAGUUCUAACUAUAAUCGCCUCUCUGUUGAUCGCCGGAGAGGAAAAAUGUCAUCGGGAUUUUCCGGCGGAGUGCCGGAAUUUUACAGCGGAGGUAGAUCCAUCAACACCGCCAUGAACAAUAAUGUUUCUCAGUCUCCUUACCGACCCCAGCUAUCUCAAAUAUUCCUCGACCCAGCCUCGCAGAUCGCUCAACAGAGAACAGCCACGCAAAGCCUGAUCGGAAAGCGAACGCUUGCUGACUUCCAAUCACAUCAGACAUACCAAACUCCACAGCAAUUAAACGGACUAUAUCUCCGUUCUAUGAAGCCAAGGAUGUAUCAGAAUACAUCUCCGAUAUCCACCCUGUCUCCGACUGAAUUGUCUGCUAACAUGUCUUCUGAUAUGCAUUAUUUGUCUUCUUUCUCGCCGGCUUCUGCUUUGUCGCAGCAGCAGCGCUACGGUUUGCCGCCUCUACAACAGCUGAGGCCGUACCACCUAUCGCAGAUGAACGCAGGGCCUAUGUUACAUUCCGGUGUCGUUCAGAAGGGAAUAUCUGGUAUAAACAAUCAGGAAUCGGAGAAGAUGUUGAAUAGGCUGCAGGAGCUUGAGAAGCAGCUCCUUGACGACAACGAUGACGAUGAGGGAGACGCGGUGUCUGUUAUUACGAAUACUAAUAGCGCGUGGUCAGAGACGAUGCAGAGCCUGUUCAGCUCGUCAAGUCCUACGGCGAUUUCUCCUUCGCCAACAAACUCGUCGACCUCUUCUUCGUGUUCGUUGUCUUCAUCAGCGGCCACCCGCGUCUCGAAUUGUUCCAAAGAGUCUGUAAUCGAGGCUGCCACCGCCAUUUACGAUGGGAAAGCAGAGGCGGCCACCGAGAUCUUGUCACGCUUGUCGCAGUUUGCAAACACGAAGGGCAAUUCUGAGCAGCGAGUGACGAAUUACAUGUUGUCGGCGCUGAAAUCACGCUCGAACUCUUUCGAGAGCCCGCCUCCUGUCGCGGAGCUUUAUGGUAAAGAUCAUAUUGGUUCGAUUCAGCUGCUUUACGAUUUUUCUCCCUGUUUCAAGCACGGUUUCAUGGCGGCGAAUCAAGCUAUCCUUGACGCCACAGUAGGCGAGCCAAACACAGAUAAAUUACAUGUUGUUGAUUUCGAUCUUGGCCAAGGAGGCCAGUACGUGAAUCUUCUGCACGCGCUCUCCUCGCGUCAGAGUGGUAAGCCGCCUGUUACUCUCAAGAUUACCGCUGUCUCAGAUGAUGGUAGCGAAGAAAGGCUGAGGCAGGUUGGUGAAAUGUUGAGCCAGCACGCUGAGCAGGGCGGGGUUUCUUUACAUUUCAAUGUGGUCGUGGGUCAGAAAAUCAGUAAUUUGAGUCGUGACUCACUGGGUUGCGAACCGGACGAGCCGCUGGCGGUGAAUUUCGCCUUCAAUCUGUACCGGAUACCAGACGAGAGUGUCUCGACGGAGAAUCCACGGGACGAGCUUCUCCGGCGCGUGAAAGGAUUGGCACCGCGCGUAGUGACGCUGGUUGAGCAGGAGAUGAACACGAAUACGGCGCCGUUCGUGGCGCGUGUGGGAGAGGUGUGGUCAUAUUAUGGAGCGUUAUUUGACUCGAUUGAGGCCACCACCGUGGCUAGGGACAAGGCAGACCGAGUCAAAGUAGAAGAGGGACUGGGUCGUAAACUCGGCAACUCGGUUGCUUGCGAGGGUAGGGACCGGUUGGAGAGAUGCGAGCUGUUUGGGAAGUGGCGGGCCCGGAUGGGAAUGGCUGGAUUCAAUUUGAAACCAAUGAGUCCGAAAGUUGCCGAGUCAAUGCGUGCGAGGCUGAGUUCAGGAAACCGAGUCAACCGGGGGUUCACCGUCAAAGAAGAGAACGGAGGGGUUUGCUUUGGCUGGAUGGGUCGAACCCUAACCGUUGCAUCUGCUUGGAGUUAAUUUCAGUCUCGUCAUUAUUGUCUUAUUAAUUAAUUGUUAUAGUAUUUUCAGAAGUUUUCCUGAGAAAAUGCCAAAUGUGGAAGGAAAAUGAAGAAGAAAAAUCCCUCAACAAAAGAAGAGAUAAUAAUAAAAAUUGUGUUUGGAUUUGAUGAAAAGUUUAUGUGCAGUGUUUGAUAAUAACCAAGAAGGGCUUGGCUGUCUUGCUUA